AUGGCCAGAUUUCCGGCGAUUAGGGGAUCGACUAGUGCGGCCGUUGGGUUUGGAGGGUCGCCGGCAAUAAAUGGCUCGCAAAUAGGGGUCGAGCUGCACUGUUUUUCGUGUGGCGUGGUGGACCAUCGACAAUCAACUUGCCCACGGUGUGGCGAUUUGCACUACCUAAUAGUGAAUUUUGAAUUCGACGGCAACGAGGGGAUUGUGUAUGAUGCCCUUCCGAUUUUUUACGAGAAGUCUGAGCCGGCCGAGGAGCAUCGUUUGCGGCGACGUGGGCCAUACGUUGGAGAGAAAAGGAAAGAGUUACCCGAUACUCUUAGUAUGAAGAAGCUUGCCGCCCAAAGAAAUCGCCUCAUCGAGUUGGUCAUUUUCGUACAACAAUUUGGGGUCGGAAACCAUGGCCAACUUCCUCUUCUUAUACGCGGCCACACACACCUGGGCCAGGCGGGUAAACGGGCUGCCCGCCGGGUCAAGCUUUCGGUACAAAUUGUACCCAAACACGAACGCAAUUACCGAAAUGCCCAUGGCUACGGUGGGUAUACCUAA